CUAUCAUUCCACAGUUUGUAGUUUAUACUCACUCUUCCUAAUGGCACGAUUUCUCUCCCGGGCCCUACUCCGCCACUGCAACCUUUCCUCUACUCUUCCGAUCAAAUACCCACCGCUCGUCCCUCUCUCCUUCUACCAUCGACACCGCUCCUCCAAGCCCCAACUUACUGAACUCGACCUAGCUUCGUUAUCAUCAUCGAAAGGAUCCUCCUCCUCCUCUAACUCCGCUUCCUCGUCAUCAUCGGACGGUGGUGAUGACGAUGACGAGGAGAUGUUGAUGAUGCAAAAACUGGAGGACAUGAUCCACCAAGUGAUGCUGAAGAAAUCUACUCCCGAUUGGCUACCAUUCCUUCCCGGCUCUUCAUUCUGGGUCGCACCAAAAAACCGACCGUUGAGGUUAGGUGAAUUGGUUGUAAAAUUGUUUGAUCAGCUCAACCAUGAAGAGUCUCUCUCUCUCACUACUUCUCGCGGCUGGCCCUGCUCUGCCUUUUUAAUUCCUGAUAGUGAAUCUGGAAAGGCUUUGGAAUUUAAGGUGGGGGAGAUGGAGGUGAAGGUGGAAAUAGAAGAGCAGGUCAAUGGGGAAGAGAAAGUGCAGUGUGUGGAAGAUUCAGAUUCAAACGACCAGAAAGGAUGAGAUUCAUUUUUCAUGACAGAACUGGUUUCUCUGGGAUUUGCAGGGGGGCAAGUUCAAAUGUUGAGAGAAGAAAAAAAAGUGCAGAUGACAGGUCAGUGAAUAAGAUCAGAUGUGCAACAGAUGCAGUUCUGGAAGAGAAAUUAUCUAGGUUUGCUUUUGUGGUUGUCAUCUCUCACUGCUAAAGUAAAUGCAGUUACAAUCCUUUAACAGUUUUAGUGUAGUUUACAUAGUGUAUAUCUAUAGAACACACGUGUCUUGACUUAUGAAUCUGCAACUUAAUUUAUGAAUUUAGAUUCCAUA